AGUGGUUGUUUUUGCACUGCACGACCCUACCUUAUUUACCUUUAUUUGGUAGACCCGCCAGUAACUCUCGCGUUAUCUCGCGAUAACAGGGAAAACGAGAUAUCAACAGCAUCAAAAUGUGAUAGCAUAAUAUCACCACAAAAAUAUGCAUAACCUAAUAUCUCAAUCAGCCAGGUCAUUAAGUCCGUAAAUUUGGUAUAGUAGAUAGCAGGUUUAAUUGUUUUAAUUCAAAACAUAGAGUCCAUUUGUCAAACUCAUGUCUAUUUCGUAGCGGUUAGUUGCGUUGAACAGGUAAAGCAGCUGGGAUAGCAGACGACACUGGUGAACUUUGUAGCAAGUUUUCGUGCUUGUUUCGCGAUUUCGUCCGCUCUGUUCGAACCUGUAAGUCUCCCAGGAUAGAAACAAAUGGUUCAGGAUGACGGAGCAACAGAAAAGACGACUACAAGUUCUUCAGAAACACCUGUGCAGUGGACCAAAACUUCGUCUCCGCCCCACACGACCUGAACAUGUCGACAGCGAAGGCCAGGUGUGCAUGGCGGAGACAGCGGCGAAACUGGCCCAGGGCACAAAGUUUCAGGAACAGGUCAAGGAGCGUGGGAUCAGUGCGGAGGUACAGCCACCACCCCGAGGGUUGGAGCAGGCUCAUAGCACCUUACUGACACCAGAGGCUGUGGCAUUCGUGGCUCGGCUGUGUGCAGAGUUUGACAGAGAUGUGGAUCAGAUGUUGAGGGCUCGUGUCUUGAGGAAGAUACAAAUGGACCAGUCUGGAGAGCUUCCCGACUUUCCUGAGAAAACCAGACGGAUCCGUGAGAGUGAGUGGAAGGUACACCCUGUCCCCAGGAGGCUACAGAACAGGCACGUUGACCUGGGGGACGUCUCACCAGCCAACACUCAACACUUCCUACAGGCAUUGAACUCUAAAGCAGAGGGCAUUCAGACUGAUUUUGAUGACGGCCACUGUCCCACGUGGACCACCCAGCUGAAGGGCCUCUACAAUGUGUACCUGGCUGUGCACAACAAACUGCCAGGAGCCCCCUCCAUUGGUAAUGCUCCAGUCCUAAUGCUGAGACCUCGAGCUUGGAACAUAGUGGAACACAACAUGCUGGUGAAUGGUAAGGAGGUGCCAGGCCCACUGUUUGACUUUGGGCUGCUGAUGUUCCAUAACGCACACCUCCUGAUCGACAGGGACAGUGGGCCAUUCUUCUACCUGUCCAAGCUUGAAGGUGCCAGUGAAGCUCGACUGUGGAACAAGGUGUUCAUCUGGACUCAAGACAAGCUGGACAUCCGUAUAGGCACAGUGAAGGCCUGUGUGCUGAUAGAGAACAUCCUGGCCUCGUUUGAGAUGCAUGAGAUCCUGUAUGAGCUGAGAGACCACAGUCUGGGCCUCAACUGUGGCAUGUGGGACUACUCGGCAUCAUUCGUCAACAAGUUUGGCCACCGCCCAGACUUUGUCCUGCCCGACCGGAGUAAGUACGUGAGCAUGGAGCGGCACUUCCUGAAGAGUUACAUGGACCUGGUAAUCCAGACCUGCCACCGGAGGGGGGCCCACGCCACGGGGGGGAUGUCUGCCCUGCUGCUGCCCCAGGGGGGUCAGGCAGGAGGGAAGGAUGUGGUGGAGAGGGUCUGUAGUGACAAGUUACGUGAAAUCAAGUCUGGCGCAGAUGGGUUCAUGGUGUAUGAUGUGGGGCUGAUCAGACCAAUGCACCUGCUGUAUGACAAGUUUGCUCCUGGUGCCAACCAGCUCCAUGUGCAGAGGGCAGACGUGCGUGUACAGAGCAGGGAUCUGCUGCAGAUGCCAACUGGUGGGGUGACUCUGAAUGGUCUGAAGCACAACAUCGCUGUGGGCAUCCAGUUCAUCAAUGCCUGGCUAUCAGGCAAAGGGCACUUUUUCUUCAAGGGUUGUGUGGAGGAUUCAGCCACAGCUGAGAUAUCCAGGUCACAGGUUUGGCAGUGGGUGCGCCACAGUGCCAGACUGGAGGACAGUGGGGAGACCAUCACCCGAGUGAUGGUGGAGGAACUGGUCCAGCAAACCCUCCGAGACCUGCCCACCACCCCAAGGAUGGACGCUGCAGCUGGCAUCUUCCUGGAGAUCGUGCUGAAGAGAGACUUCCCGGAGUUCAUCACCACCUACCUGAACCUCGAGCAUGCAUUUCUCAGAGGGAAGCUUUUAUAG